AUGUCGCAGGUGGUGGAUUUUCAAUCAAAACCUAGCCCUAGAGUUCGGAAAAGUAUUUUUGAGACUAUUGACGAUUUAUUGUCACCUAAUAUUGUUGAGCCAACGAGUUCUGGAGCUCAGGAGGAGGAGGACAAGCUUACUGUAAGUGUCAAAAAUUUUCUAUAAAAAAUCUUGAAUUUCCAGUGUAAUUUUUGUCAAAAAAGUUAUUUGACAUUUUUUGGACUUCGGCGACAUUUACAAUUUCAUCGAGAAGGAAAGUUACAGCAAUCUUGUCCGCAUUGUCCAAAAACAUACAGGUAAUUUGAGUUAUGACGUGGCAAAUUUUUUUUGUUGAGUAUUUUUAAUCUCAAAAGUUCUAUUACUUUUCAAAUUAAGAUCAUAUUGUGAGGACGCUGGAAAUUCACCAAAUUCUGAAAUGUUUUCCAAAGUUCAGGAUUAACUAAAACCCUUCGCCUAUAUCUAUAUAUUUAUAGUGUUAAUUUAGCCAAAUCUUUGACCGCUCCUGAAAAAACAGAAAAUUCCAAACGUCCUCUCUUCCGAAUAUUUGAACCCUCAUAAAUAAAUAGAUGACACCCGUCAACACACACGAAAAAAGUUUACACCAAAUAAUAAUAUCCGGCGGGGUGUCUUUUUGAUAAAUGCGAAUUGACACAAUUUGCAAGAGCACCUGUUCAAUUUUUUCCGCUUUUUCUAGAUCACCUGGAGCUUUGAAGAUGCACUUGAAGACGCAUUCAUUACCGUGUGUUUGUCACGAUUGUGGAAAAUCAUUUUCUAGGCCUUGGCUGUUGAAGGGACAUUUGAGAACACAUACAGGUUAGAUUGAUAGAUUAUGGGAGUUUUUGAACAGGAAAAACAAUUCUACGAAAAAUAUAAACUCAUAAUUUUUUUUCUUUUUUGAAACUGUAAAUGAUUAUCAACUAAUUUUUUUUUGCCAACAAUUUCAGAAUUCAAGGUUUAAAGAAUCUACGUGGAAUAUGUCCAUGACUCUCUCAAAAUUGCAAUUCUUACAGGCGAAAAACCGUUUACUUGUGAAUCCUGUGGCCGAUCAUUUGCAGAUCGGAGCAAUCUUCGAGCCCACCUUCAAACUCAUUCCGGCGAGAAAAAACAUAGGUACUAUUUUCAGAUUUUAUAGGAAACCCCUUAAAAUGUUUUCAGAUGUCGUCAAUGCGGUCAAUCAUUUGCACGAAUUCAAGUUCGAAUAAGACAUGAGGCAACUUGUUUGACAAAAAACUGA